AGAGUUAUAGUUAGAUAUAUGAGACUAUCAUGGUGAUUGAAUAUAUCAUAUCUGACCCAAAAGGAUUUUCAAAUCCAUAAUCUAGCGUAAAUUAUGAAAUUUACUGGGAAUAUUUACUUAUUUUUCAUUCUAUCGCCUUAGUAUAACUGUGGGAUAUAAUGCCAGUGGUUUUCAUGUGAAAUGGUUCAAUUACUACUGUUAUCUAUACUGUUCUGUAUCCUACUGUUUCCCAACAGUGAUUCAAUCAAUUGAAGAGUCUUGCAUAAAGCAUUCCCAGCCGCUAAAUUAUGUCUCACCUCCUACAACCGCGCGAUUCUGGGUGCAAGAAAUAAGGACAAACUGCCUGAUUCUGCCACUUCUAUGUGCAUUUAUCAAUUCAACUGCUCCUGUGGAGCUAGUUACAUUGGGCGUACAAUGAGGCAGUUCUAUCGUCGAAUUUCCGAGCACCAUCCAUCAUGGUUGACCAAGGGAAAAAUUAGAACAAUAAAUAGCUCCACACUUGGACACUUAGUUGACACACGACAUCAAGUGGUUCCUGGAAAAGCCUUCAAAAUCAUCCAUCAGAUUCCAAUUAAUUUACCAUAUGGAUUACGCAGUCGGUUACUUCACAUAGCAGAGGCGAUUACAAUCCACCUUUACAAACCUAGCCUUUGUAUCCAAAAGAAGUUUGUUCGACUACUUUCAUUACCGUGGCCGUCAACUUGAUGUAACUUCUAGGUUUACUUUGUAAAUCUCUUCCCCUUCUUGUCUCUAUCAAUAUUCAUAUUUCCAAUUUAGUAACCCUAUUGAUUAUUUACAUCAUUAUUUCAG